AUGAUGAACACAGGCGACGAAUCUAUUCAAACUUUAGUAAAUUUAGACGAGAGUGAAAACAAAAAUUUAAAUGGAUUGGGAGUUCAUAAGAGAAAUAGGCGAAAGCCCAUUAGGAUGACCUUAUUUUUGCAAUGCCUAAUUUCUUUUGCGAUAUUGUUGAUUGUUUUUUACGGGGUGCAACUGGCUGCUAACAAAAAAAACUACAUCACCCGAUUUAUGGAGAAAAACAAGAUUUUUGUUCAAGAUAAUCAGCUAAUAUUUCAGAAUAAAGAGAAAUAUUACGACUGCAUUAACAAUCAAUGCAUACCAAGGCUACUAAAUGAGAACGGAACAACAUCUUUAAAGGAAUGUAUAAUGUUAUGUAACAUGCCAUCUCUUUGGCCCAAACCCAAAUUUGUAAAAGUAAAGAACAAACAUUUAUCUACGUUUAGAAGAGAUCAUAUAAUUACGAACAUAAAUGCACCAAGAAGAGUAAAUGAUAGUUUAAAGGAGGUUUUAGAUAUUUUUAUUUUAAAUUUACCAUCUAUAGAAAAAUCUGUGGUAAAAGAUGUUGACUUAUCUAACGUUUAUAUCAACAUUAAAGUAACUAGCACCGAAACUAAAAUUCAAUUAGCGACUGACGAAAGCUACAAACUUAGUAUUAACAAAGUCAAAAAGUAUGUAACAGUCAAAAUUAUCGCCAAAACUUAUUUUGGGGCACGACAUGGAAUCGAAACUUUAAGUCAACUAAUAGUUUUCAACACAUUUUCUAAAAAGUUACGAAUUUAUCAUGACGUGGAGAUCCAAGAUAGCCCAGCGUUUCCACAUAGAGGGUUAAUGGUUGAUACAGCUAGGAACUAUUUCCCAAUAAAAAAAUUGCUGACAGUUUUGGAUGGUAUGGCAAUGAAUAAAAUGAACGUUUUUCAUUUGCAUUUGACAGAUUCUGUCAGUUUUCCUAUUGUAUUGCCUAGCAAUCCUUGGAUGGCGCAAUAUGGAUCAUAUAAUUCCGAAAUGGUGUACUUUCCCGAGGAUAUUAGAGGUUUGAUAGAAUACGCAAGAAUAAGAGGCAUAAGAGUAAUUCUAGAAAUCGAUGCCCCAAGUCACGUAAAUGCAGGUUGGAACCAUCUAAAUACUGACGAAGACAAAAUCAUAAUUUGCGGAGAAGAGGACAUUUUCAACGGCCAUCUUAAUCCCGAUAGUAAAAGGGCUCAAAAAUUAUUAAAAUCUGUCUAUGCAGACCUGUUGAAGUUAGGAACUGAUACAGAAACUUUUCAUAUUGGUGGCGACGAAGUAAACAGCACAUGUUUGGAAACAACCAACGCCGCGAGGUUAUUCAAUGAUUUGGGUGACUUGUGGGUAGAUUAUAUGAAUAAAAUACUUAAAACAGUUACUAGAGCUUUCCAUAAUGCACCACCGAAGAAUUUGGUUAUUUGGUCAAGUGAACUCACUGAUAGUAAACUCAACAAACUAAGAUAUUCCGAAAACCUAGUUGUUCAAUACUGGUUUGGAAGCUUGGAGAAUAUCUUACAAAAUGGAAACAAAGUUAUUUACUCAACAGUAGGAAAAUGGUAUUUAGAUUGUGGUUUUGGUUCAUGGAAACCCUCAGAAACCGCCGGCUCGUGCGAUCCUUACACCCCUUGGAACACUUUUUACAACUACAGACCUUGGGAGGAGUAUAAAGAGUACAAAAAACAAGUUUUGGGAGGAGAAGCUUGUUUGUGGACAGAACAAGUCGGCGUGGAUACUUUAGAAACCCGAAUUUGGCCAAGAACGACGGCUUUUGCGGAAAGACUUUGGAGUGAUUUACCGGAAACUACUGUUGAUGAAGUAACCACGAGAUUCCUUGAUCAAACAGACAGAAUGGUUGAUAGGGGAAUCAAAGUUGACACGGUAUGGCCCAAAUGGUGUUCGCUUAAUCCAGGAAAGUGCUUUUAA